AUGUCGCGACAGGAGCGGGCCCGGCCCUACCUGGCUCCGACCGAGGGUCCGGGCGCUCCGCGGCACCGGCGGCACCGGCACCGGCACCGGAGCGGCCGCGACGGCGCCCCAAGAGGCCAUCUGACCAAUCGCGAGGCGGGACGUCCGGGGCGGGGCGGGGCGGGCGGUGAGGGCGGAAGCGGGAGGGGAGCGGGGCCAAGAUGGCGGCGGGGCCGGGGCCCGCGGCCGGGGUCGCUCCUGGCGCUCCUGGCGCUGCUCGGGGCCUGGGCCGGGACCCCGCGCGGGGCCCGCGCCGCCCUCAACCUGCAGGAGCUCAGCGAGCUCAAGUACGGCCUGGAGAUCCUGGCCGAGCCCGUGCUGGCCGGGCAGCGCCAGGCCGAGGACGUGGUGACCGUGGCCUCUCGCUUCAAGCAGCUGUACGAGUGUCGCCUCCCCGCGGCCGUGGGACCCCCGGCCCCCCGCGACCCCCGGCUCUACAACGGCUCGGGGGUGGCCGAGCUGCUGCGGCCCAUGGGGGCAGCGCCCUGCCUCAGAAAGACCAAGGACUGGUGGACCUACGAGUUCUGCUACGGGCGCCACAUCCAGCAGUACCACCUGGAAGAGUCGGAGAUCCAGGGUGAGGUGCUCGUGCUGGGUUAUUACCAAUCCACCUUCGACUGGGACGACGAGACAGCCAAGGCCUCCCAGCAGCACCAACUGCGGCGCUACCACAGCCAGAGCUACGGCAACGGCUCCCGCUGCGACAUCACCGGGCAGGCCCGCCAGGCCGAGGUCAGGUUCCUGUGCGAGGAGGGGGCUGGGGAUCACAUGGCCUGGGUGGACGGGCCGCAGUCGAACCGCGUGCUGACGGUGCACACGACCAGGAUCUGCCACCACCCCUUCCUGCAGCGCCCAGGGCUGCCCCUGUCCCUGUCCCUGUCCCCUGUCCCCUGUCCCCUGUGCCCUGUGUCCCUGUCCUGUGUCUCAGCCGACACCAAGCGGAAGGUUCAGGAGAUCUCGGAGGAGCUGCGCUCGCUGGACACGCGGCUGUGGAGUGACAGGGACAGCGGGACCCCCCCCCAGCCCCCCCGGGGGGCCCACGGGGACGCAGGGGACCAGGCAGAGCCAGCCCAGGAUGUGGCACUUGGGGAUGAGGAGGUGACAGUGGCUGGUGGGCAGCAGGACAGCGCUGGGGAGCCAUCCCCGAGGGCAGGCGGUGGCCACGUGGCUGAUUCCCGGAGGAAAAUCCACUUCAAGGUGAUCCGGAGCCCCGGGGACCUCCUGCAGUUCAUCGAGGAGCUCAAGGAGACCACCAGGAAGGCCAAGGGCAAGGCCCGUGAAGAGGAGGAGGAGGAGGCGGCAAAGGCUCCCCAGCCCCGGGGAGCCCCCAGCCCCGCCAGGCCCCCGGGCCGGGCCCCCGGGGUGGGGGAGGAGCAGGAGCAGCAGGAGCAGCGGGAGCAGCAGGAGGAGCAGGGGGAGGAGGAGGAGGAGGAGGAAGAGGUGGGGCCGCUGCUGGCGGGGCUGGAGCUGCUGCCGCGGGAGCAGGUGAAGAGGCUCAAGGAGGAGGUGAAGACUCAGAUGGAGCAGGAGUUCGACAGCAUCAUCAGCGAGGUGGAGGAGGAGCUGGAGACCGAGGGGCUCAAGGGGGAGUUCGACCGGAGCCGCGUCAGCAGGACCCUCGCCAGCACCCUGAGCCACCUCAUGGACCGCCUGGACCCGGGGACUCCCCGCGACCCCAGGCCCCCACGACCCCGGGCCGCUCCGGCCCCGGGGGCCCGCGGGGGAGGGCGAGGAGGAGGAGGAGGGAGUGAGGAAGGGCAGCCGACUCCCUUCGGCACCAGGAGCCCCCAGGAGCUGGAGGCCCCCAGAGGUCGCGCCCCAGCCCCAGGCCAGGAGCCCCCGGGACACGGGGCCCCCAGGGCGCGCGGGUGGAGAAAGGAGGUGCGGGAGCUGCUGGCCAAGGAGGGGCUGCGCGCCGAGGUAAGGGAGUCGGGGGGAGGAGGGGAAGAUCGAGAUCAAGAUCGUGGCGGCGGCGGGGAGGAGGACGAGGCUCAGUGGCUCUCGGAGGAGGAUUCGAGCCUGAAGGAGAUUUUCCUCAGCAUCCUGGUGCAGGGCUCGGAGGAGGCGCAGCGGGAGCGGCGCCGGCAGCAGACUCUGGAGGACAAUUAUCGCUUCGUGUGGGGGGGCCACCAGGAGCCCCCCCCACCCAGUGACUCUGAGGACCCCGAUUUCUGAGCCCCCACCUCUGACCGGCCCCCACCCCAAAAAUCGGGGCUCUAUCCCCGUCCUGGGGAGUUCCCAGAGG